AUCAUCUAGGUCCGUCCAGCCUCCUUCACGCGAUUCGUGGACGUUCGCUCAUAUGAUGCGUGAGCGUGAUUGCGGCGGCGGAUCGCUGAGUCCAGCGUAUACGUGCGUACGGCGGAGCGGGGAGUGGCCUACAUAGCGCACGAAUCAUGCACACCGCUGCUCUUCACAGGGCAUUACAUCAGCGGCUCCUGCCAGCGCGUGAGCUAUGACCACGACGUUUGAGGAUGUUGUCGCUGCGAGAGGAAGAAUCUCAAAGUACGCCCAGACCACGCCCGUGUUCACGAGCAGCACCGUGGACGCCAUGACAGGCCAGCAAGUCUUCUUUAAGGCUGAAAACCUCCAAACUACAGGGUCUUUCAAAGUUAGGGGCGCAUUAUACGCGAUCUCAAAGCUGAUGGAGAACAACCCGGAUGUUCCAGGAGUGGUUACCCACAGCAGCGGUAACAACGCACAGGCGGUAGCAUGGGUUGCUAGGCGCUACGGACUGCCGUGUACCGUCGCCUGUCCAAGUAACGCAUCGGAGGCGAAGAUCCGGGCGAUGAAGAGCUACGGAGCAGAGGUCGUUUUCUGCGAGCCAAACAUGAAAUCCAGAGAAGAGUGCGCUGCUGCGAUAUGCGCAAAGACAGGAAGAGCACUGAUUCACUCCUUCGAUAACGUGGACGUUAUUGCUGGUCAGGGCACGAUGGCGAUGGAAUUUCUGGAGCAGGUUCCCGAUUUGGAUGCCAUGUUGGUUUGCAUCGGAGGCGGUGGAAUGGCCGCCGGAGUGGCCCUCACAGUUAAAGCUAUGCGACCAUCAUGCAAAGUAUAUCUAGUAGAGCCCGAAGGGAAAGCGUUAGAGAAAUACCUGCGAGCAGGGCAACGAGAUGCGAACGACUCAUCGUAUGUCGCUACCGUUGCCGACGGAAUCCGCUGCAAGCAAGUUGGAAAACACAACAUGCCUAUAUUAUGUGAAAACGCCGAAAAAAACGUUUUAACUGUGAAUGAUACCGAAAUAAUUGAUGCUAUGAAGUUCAUCUGGACGAGAAUGAAGCUCGUUAUUGAGACCAGUGCAGCCGCUCCUGUUGCUGCACUGCUCUCGGGAAAGCUAGCGCAGGUGGCGCCCCACCUAGAAAAGGUCGGCAUCAUCUUAUGCGGGGGAAACGUCGACCUGAACAAUUUACCAUGGGAAUAAAUGCCAGCCCGCUAGAGUGCGCGCCAGUCACAGGAACAGUAGAGUCCCUUAAUAUAGAGGAACUCUCUAUAUAAAGGGACUCUAGCGUACAUCAAUGACCACAAUAUUCCUAUGACCUAAAAACGCACUGAUUGUGUGUGUGUAUGGUAUCCGUGGUUAUGGCCCGUGUAUGGUAUCCCCUCUAUAUAAAGGGACUCUAGGGAACAGUAUAUAGAGUCCCUUUAUAGAGAGGAACUCUCUAUAUAAAGGAACUCUAGCGUACAUCAAUGGCCACAAUAUGACCUAAAAACGCUCUGAUUGUGUGUGUGUAUGGUAUCCGUGGUUAAUUCAACUUCAUUUUACUAAUCAACUACACUCGCUCAGAAGCCAUUCUACACGAGUAUGAACGUGGCACAUAAGCUCGCAUAACUGUGAUCACAUUCGCAUAUAUACAUAUAUAUUAUAAUCAUUAUAAUUGACUCAUCAAAUUUAAUUAUGUGGCACCAAGAAAAUGUGUUUGUGUAAACCAGAAGUAGCAUUAACGAUUGUAGAUGAAUAUACGAUAUUAUAAAAUGUGAUGAGCAAUAAAGUUAUACGCCCAACAGUAA